CUCUGAAUAAAAUGACCAUAAGUACAAUGGAAUAAUUUUACUAAAAAUGACUUUGACCCCGAGUUACAAAUAAAUCAACGUUCCACAAUUAACGACGACAGCGCAACAGCAUUGCGGGCGCAGUUAAAAGAGAAAGUUUUUAGCUAGAAAUAUGAAAAAAAUAUUACUGAUUAGUGGUAAGCGUAAAUGCGGCAAAGAUUUCAUAUCAGAAAGAUUGCAAAGAAGAUUGUCAGAUCGGUCGCUAAUCGUUCGCAUCUCGGAGCCCAUCAAGCGGGAAUGGGCGCGCAAGCUGCAACUGGAUAUGGGAGCAAUGCUCAGCGAUGGUCCCUACAAGGAGCAAUAUCGUCGCGACAUGAUCAUCUGGAGUGAUGAGGUGCGUCAACGUGAUUAUGGCUUCUUUUGUCGUGCGGCAAUGGAGGCAUCCGCCGUGCAGCAAGCGGACUAUGUCAUCGUUAGCGAUAUUCGACGCAAGAAUGACAUCAAAUGGUUUCGGGAGAAUUAUGGUCAAGACAUGGUCAAAACACUACGCCUCACAUCGACGGAGCAGCGACGCAAGGCGAGGGGCUGGCAAUUUACGGCUGGCGUGGAUGAUGUGCCCUCCGAAUGUGAUUUGGAUGACAGCAGCUUUGACUACGUCUUUGCCAAUGAUGAGGAUGGGGAUGGGAAUGCGCAGGAUGAGAAGCAGCUAAUUGAUAGAUUACUCGCCUUGCUGCAACUUAGCUAAUGUGGCCUUAACUCGAAUGAUGAAUCUAUUUUUGAUAGCACAAAUCUUAUUUUUGCAAAUAUACAAAUAUAUUUUUAUGGAUCAGAUGAUAAAUGA